AUGGCUUCUGGGGACACCAUGAUCGACGGUCCAGUCCCGAUUUCCAGGAUUGCAGGGCGGUACUUGGUGUUCGACAUCAACGUCGUGACUUACUUACGUAGAACCCAUCACAUCUGUGGUGUCCUUAUUGGCAGCAUUCCACAAGUUCCUCAACAAAAUGUCUUCCUUGGUCUUCCUGUCGAGUUACUUCCCGAGGAAGCUAGGCUUCUCGUCGAGAAAGAGGUAGCAUAUAUUGUAGACGAUGCAUCACAACAUCGUGAAACAUUCAGUACACUUGUAGGUGAUGACAGAAGGAAAUAUUUGGAUUCUCUCAGGUCUCAAGGUCGGAUGUCUCGGAGAGCUGCGGAAGAGGUCUCGCAAAAGAAAAUUGAAAAGGGCUUAGCCAAACAAGCUCUAUUACGAGCUUCAAAAGAUACGUUGCAGUCUACUGUUGCCAAGUCCUCGACAGAACCAACCGACGUGACAAGUUUCUCAAACAGCUCACCCUCGGAAGAGUCCUUGUUCCCUGAUCAUCCAUCACUGCCAACAGUCUCCUCGCCAUCAGUCCCUUCUUCUGCACCUUAUGCCGUCACGACAACCACUACAAGCUCCGUAUUGCCUUUAUCCCAAGGUCACAUACAGCAACCGGAUCCUGUUGUGCCGGCUUCCUACGCACUGUUUUGCCACUUGCAUGCGCUCGACUAUUUCAUGACACCUGGCCUUCGGUUUGGCUGCGACUAUACUGUUUACCCUGGGGAUCCUUUGAGGUUCCACAGUCACUUUCUUGCCGUUGGCCAUGAUUGGGAAGAAGAGAUACCCCUCAUUGAUCUGGUGGGCGGCGGGCGUUUAGGCACAGGUGUGAAGAAAGGGUUUCUCAUUGGAGGGGAAGGUCCUGGAACGCAAGGAAACACCGUUCGUCCAUUUUGCAUCGAAUGGGGUGGGAUGUAG